AUGAGGGGGGGAAGAAGAAGAGAAGAUUACUGGGGAGAAGAAGAGAUUACAGGAGGGGAAGAAGAGAAGAUUAUGGGGGGAGAAGAGAAGAUUGCAGGAGGGGAAGAAGAAGAGAAGAUUACAGGAUUGGGGAGAAGAAGAGAAGAUUACAGGGAGGGGGGAGAAGAAGAGAUUACAGGGAGGGGGAGAAGAAGAGAAGAUUACAGGAGGGAGGGGGAGAAGAAGAGAAGAUUACGGGAGAAGAAGAGAAGAUUACAGGAGGGGAGAAAAGAGAUUGUGGGGAGAAGAAGAGAAGAUUACAGGAGGGGGAGAAGAAGAGAAGAUUACGGGGAGAAUAAGAGAUUACAGGAGGGAGGG